CCGUCAAUCGUCAAAAGCCUCAAAAAUUUGAUUGUGACCGGACCGCGGUUCGAAACAAAAAUCUCGAUUGAACGAGUAAUAGUAAAGUUUAUCAACAGUGUUUAGGUCAAAUGGAAUUGUACGUCUACCUUGGAGAAUGGGGCCUUCCCACGAUAGAUUCCGAAUGCGCUAAAAUGCUGGCCUAUCUAAAACUCGCGGAUGCCAAAGUGACGGUUAAUUUCAAGGGUAAUCCGUUCAGUUCGCCAAACGGAAUGCUACCGUACUUGGUUACGGAGCAGGGCAAAAAACUGGCCGGUUACAACCGCAUAGUGGAGUUCCUGCAAUCGAAAGGAUUCGACGCGAAUGCUCAACUCGAGGACCAGAGCUACAUGGUGAUAAACGGUUGCAUUCAGUAUGUUGUGGAAAAUCUGUCCCCAUUUUUCAUGUACAAUUUAUGGGGUGAUCCAAAAAAUCUUGACACCACACGUGCGCUCUACGCCAAGCGAAUUCCCAUUCCGUUUAAUUUCUACUGCCCGCGAAAGUAUUUGCUUAAAACGAAUGAAAUAACGCAAACAUUAGCCGGAUUCGUGUUGGACGAUUCCGUAGAGUUGCACGAUGUAAAGGAUAUGCUGUUGAAUGCAAAGAAAUGCAUCAACUGGGUGUCGGAAAAGCUUAGCGAAAACCAAUUCUUUUUCGGUGAUACGCCUAGUGAAGUGGACGCUAUUCUGUAUGGUUACCUAUCGGUUAUUCUUAAGCUAAAACUGCCUAAUAACGUCCUUCAAAACCACCUGAAGCAGUGCCCCAAUCUAGUCAAAUUUGUUGAUCGAAUGACAACGAUCUACUUUGCCAAAGAGGGUUACACCAGUAGCGGGUCCGUGGGUCCGAAUUCAAAUUCGUCCUCGUCAUCGUCGUCGUCGUCGUCGAACGAAUCGAAACCAAAGCCAGAAGAGAAGCAGUCCUACGAUGGAACUCAGAAGGACGAUGACACACCGUACGAGCGAAAGAAGCGGUACGUAGUGUCCGGUAUUUUUGCCACCAUCGCAAUGGUCAGCUAUGCGCUGAUGUCCGGAAUUGUGACGGUCUCCAGUGACUCGUUUGACGGAAGUGGUUUCAUAUCUUACGAUGAACCUGAUUAUGAUGAUGAAGACUAGAUUUUGAUUGGUCAAUAAAUAUAAUAUAGUAAAUGAG